UGUUUUCUUAUCUAAUGCAUUGUGGAAAGGUCAGCUCACAGAUAAGACCGAAUAUCACACGUGUAUCAAGAUCUCUUGUCAGUAUAUCGUAGGCAGACAUGAACAUUGUGGCACUGUUUUCGUUGUUCUUGAACGUUAGUGUUUGUUAUGGUUUGCGAAGUUUGUUCGAAACAUCGAAUCCGAGUCUAUCAUGGCCCCCUAGCGGUCGGGAUUUCACAGGUUCCAUUGAAAAUUGGCCUGGUCAAGGUGAACAAUUAGGGGAAAGUUGGCCAAGAAUAGUCGUCGCUAAUUUGACUACUCUUCCAACCACUGAAGAUUUCCUUCGGGAAUAUGUCUCAAUGAGAAAACCAGUUGUGUUGAGUGGCCUCUAUGAACAAAUGACGGAUCUUAAGUCACAGCAUGGAAUUAAUUUGGCUGCCAGUGAGUUUCAGAAUUCGCCUCAUGCCGCCAUUUCUAAAAUUGAAGCCUUUCGUUAUGGGCAUGGCAUCAAAGAGCGAAUGACCUUUCGAGAAUUGUUGGGCAAGAUCUCCAAGAACCAAGAUCAAGAUAAAUGGUACACGUAUGGACAUAUCCCUUACUCUGUGAAAGAAAUGAUUCGCUAUCCAGCACCCCUGCGCUGUCCUAAAAUAGCUUUCCAAACAAUGGUGGAAACACGUCAGCUGUUCUACAAUAUUGAAGUGUCGAAACCGAUUCGGCAAGAGCUCAAUCACCAACUUUACUGCAUGGUUGAGGGGGAGAAGGAAAUUGUCUUGAUUGACGAAGCGGAUUUUCCCUCUUGGUCCAACAUGAAAUUGGUGGACGACGGAUACUCCGGCAAGCUGAAUCCAUUUGUGGAUGUGUCUAAGAUUGAUUACAAUACUCAUCCCGGGUUAAAGGACAUAAAAAAAAUCCACAUCGCAAAACUUCAAGCUGGAGAUUGUCUAUUCGUCCCGGCCAGAUGGAUUCACCAGCAAAACGUCUUGGAUAAAGAUAAUUCUCUCGAGAUUCGUUGGCAGCCUCUUGAGAACGAAUCCGACUUGGAUUGCAGCGGAUACUUAUCGCCAAUCUUAACUUUGGGAGAUCUUCCCUGGCUUGGCGAGAAGAUUGUAAAACCUCCGGAGAGGUCUACUGAUCCCAAGAGACACGCCUUCAAGCGUUUGCUUCAUCUGUUACAGAGAGUUGUUCUAACAAAUCAAGCAAUAGGUAUCACUGAUUUCUCAUCCAUCAUCAAAAUGGAUCCAUUUUUGGCUCCAGAACUGCCCAAAUGGGACGAUGACUGCCAAGAAAUUUCUGAAACCUUGUUCCACUUAUUGGACAGAAACAAGGACGGAAAGCUGACCGCUAAUGACUUGGACAAUAUCUUAGAAUUAGAUGUGGAUCAUUGGGCAAACCUUAUUCAUGAUCAACUAAGUCUCUUAGCAGAGGUCAUCUUCGAUAUGCGUGUGGAUCUAGCUGGGGCUAUUCCUUUGGACGAAACCGUGAGGCAAAGAGUGAUCCAAAUGAUAGAUAUCAAGGAGAAAUAGAUCCUCGAACACGAGCGAGCGGCUUUGGAAGAAGUGGCCAAGAUCGCCAAAGACGAGUUGUGAAAUGGAAAGGGUCGUGUAAUACUCUUUAUUAUACUUUUAAACUUGAACUGUAAA